UCUGACUUAACCAGGCAGGGGGAAAAAGUGGGUGUUGUGCUGUGGUGUUUGGUUCUGUGCGAUGUAUCUUCAUGACUGUUUUUAAGCACAUGAGCAGCGGUUCACUGUGCUUAGGGACUGCAGUGGAGCGACCGGCCCAGAGCAGCGUUAACAUCCAUCGGUUGAGCCGUGCAGCGGGGGAAAGCUAGCUCCCAACCCACCAAGAACGACUCAGUAACGGCAGCCCCGAAUCCGGAGAAGGCAGAGCAGUGUCGGAGAGCCAUGGGUUUCCGUAAGAAGAACAAGAGCCCGCCGGUGCUGAGCCACGAGUUUGUGAUCCAGAAUCACGCCGAUAUGGUUUCGUGUUUGGCCAUGAUUAUCCUCCUCGGCCUGAUGUUCGAGGUCACAGCAAAGUUUGCCAUCAUGUUCAUCACAGUACAGUACAACGUAACACAAGUCCUUGAUGAGAAGACUGAGCCGAUGAACCUUUACCAGUAUGGCCCCAAAGAUGUGGCCACUGUGUUUUUCUAUCUGCUCAUUGCGGUCAUCCUCCAUGCCUUGAUACAAGAGUAUAUUCUGGACAAAAUGAACAGGAGGCUGCACCUGUCAAAGACCAAACACAGCAAGUUCAAUGAGUCUGGACAGCUUGCAGCGUUCUACCUGUUCUCCUUUAUCUGGGGCUGCAGCAUCCUAACAGCGGAGGACUUUGCCACGAAUCCUACUUUCUUAUGGGAGGGUUACCCACACACUCACAUGGCUUUUCAGGUCAAGUUCUUCUACAUUUGCCAAAUUGCCUAUUGGCUCCAUGCACUUCCUGAGCUGUACUUUCAAAAAGUGCGGAAGGAGGACAUCCCCCGCCAGCUCUAUUACAUUUGCCUUUAUGUUGUCCACAUCACUGGUGCCUACGUCUUAAACCUCCACCGACUGGGCCUGGUGCUGCUGGUCCCUCACUACCUGGUGGAGCUCCUGUUCCACGCUUCACGCCUCUUCUACUUCAGUGAUGAGAACAAGCAGAAAGGCUUCACUCUGUGGGCGCUGCUUUUUGUCAUCGCCCGCCUCCUCACCCUCACACUCUCAGUUCUGACGUUUGGUUUUGGGCUACCCCGCACAGAAAACCAGGGCUUUUCCCUAGCAGAAGGCAACUUCAAUGUGCUCACCAUAAGGAUGACUUGUCUGGCUGCUAUCUGCCUGACGCAGGCCUGGAUGAUGUGGAAAUUCAUUAACUUCCAGUUGAAAAAGUGGAGGGAGCACAGCCAGAACCAGGCCUCAAAGAAGAAGACGGUCAGCCCAAAGAGCAAGCCUCACAAAAGGGAACCUACAAGGGGAGGUGCUGCCAAUGGGGUUGUGAAGUCCGAGGAUAAGACAUCACCACGGGCAAGAAAAGCCAAAGCUUCAUAGAGGUGGAAGAAUUGGAAGGAAAACUGAGUGAGGGAGUUCUGACAAUGUGACAUUAUGUCUUCACACAACUUCAAAUUUUGUCUAUUGCUCUCCAAAACAAAUGUUUAAGCGCACUAAGAAACCUUACAUAACUGUCCCUUUGGGGUUGAAACUCCCCUUUUGAAAAAAGUUCAGUGUUAAUGUCUGCUGGAAAUGUUUAUUAGUAAUUUGGGUUCUGUGCAGAUGGGACGUUGGCAGGGCAGAGCUGGUUUUUAUGCUUUAACAGGAUAGAUUUAGCUCUUCAAAGUGUCCUUUUGUGUAAAACUAUGAUCACUCGUCGGGUAUUUUAAACUGAGUUGCUCUUCACUAAUUUGACAUCGAAUCGGUUAAUAUCACAUUACCUUAAAAAGCGAGUUUUGACUUCAGGGCAACCUAGUAGAAAGUGUUACUGUACAGAUUAACUGUACCGGGUGUCAUUUUAAGUUUGGGCCUUAUUCAGUUAAACAUACUAAACAGGCCACUGGUUCAUGUCCCAAAAUAAAGCCUUUCUUACAGCACUUUGUUAUUCUGCUGUUGUCAGGAAAAGAUCCUAAAUUAAUCACUCCAGAGGAAGACUUGUGCUAUUUAGGUAUUUGAUAUAGCUGCAGCCAGAAAACUCAAGCUUGUACUUAACUCUGUGAUUAUUUACUGCCAUUAUUUUACAGCCUCUGCCUUUGAAAUCCAACAUGCUACAGGAUUGAGGCACUUUUAUAAUUUUGUUCGCUUUUAUCACCAGCCUGGUAACCAGCCUGUUCCAGGGGUUCAACCAGGUUAGGUGACUUAACAAGAGGAAGCUGUACUGUAACCUGUGAUGCUGUACUGUAUGCAUACAGUUAAAUCUUUAUAACAGCAUGAUUGGAAACUUGAGCAAGAAACUGUGUUUGAGGCUGCACUUCAGUCUUUUAUAUGGUAAUGUCAAUGCAUGAUGGUUUAAGGCAAAAGACUUUAUGGCUAGUUCUUACCUGUGCUGUUGAGUUUGCAUCUCUCUCCACACACACAUACAUACAUACACAAACACACAAGCAUUCAGUGGCCUUUUUACAACUGCUGCAAGAGGUUUGAGUUAUUUAUUUUUGUCAUAUACUACAGAUAGUUAUUAUUUUAUAUGCUUUGAAAAGCUAUAACCAGCAAACACAGCGGUACAUAGCAACUGCGUUUAGUUAAUCCAAACAAUACAAUCUUUCUUCAAGUGUCCUUAUAACGUCAGUGGUUUGUAUCACUCGUUCUGCUUGUGUUGCGUUCUGUUUGCCUUCUCCGUUUUUUUAUCCUUGGGUAUCAGGGGACAAGCUAUUCACCACUUACACUAUGAGUUAUGUCCCAUAUCGCAAUGGGAGGUGUGUUUGUGAGGGAUUGUGUUUGUAUGCCUGCGCACUAACUCGUGCGUGUGUGUGUGUGUGUGUGUGUACGUAUGUAAAGUAUUGUUUCGCCUACUAUGUAUGUUUGUGAAUUAACUGGGCCUGAAUGAUGAUGACAACAAUGUUUAUUGCUUGUCUCAGAAAAAAAAAAAAAAUUGCCUGUGUGCAGAGCAUGAAAUGUGACAAUCUGUUCAUUGACUCCUGCCCUGUUGGUUGAAUUUCACAAUCAUAUCCUGUCCUUUAGUUCACUUUUGUUGGACCCGUCUCAGUUCUCAACACUCUUGUAUGUGUAAAACACUGAGUUGUGGAUAGGUGUACGUUCUAUAGGAUAUUGGUUACUAAAUGCUUCUGUGUUCCGUCUCUGCCCCUCAGAUGCCCUAUCCUGUGUGAGAGAGAUUUUGUGAUUUCUGUUUGCCAAAUGUGGCAUGUUUUGUCUCUCCUGCUUCGCCUUUCCAAUGAUCCUGACAUUGCUAUGGAGCACACAUUAUUCUAUUGUUGACCAUACCCUUCCCUGUCAUAGACCAAGUUCUGCUCCACUACUAAACCACUGUGCAUAUGAAUCUCUGUGCAGAAAAAAAAUGUACUACCUGUCUGCAGACAGUUGGAGUUCUGACUCUUGGUCUAGAGCAGGGAGGAGAUGAAGAUGCCAUUUAUUUUUGCUCCCUUUAGUGGUCCUUACUGGGACUUUGGUGGUCUUUAAAGCCCUACGUCUGUGUAUGGCAGUGUCGUGGGAGGGAAGGAGGAACACAGGACUUAUGUACCAGCCUGUUAUUAAACUGUCUCAGAUGUAAAAGAGAAAAAAAAACUGACUUAACCCAACACUGUACUAAAAUAUGUGUCAGAUUUUUAAGCUAUUUUUAUAGAGGGGAAACUGUUAAAAUUCA